AUGAAGCUUCCCCUUCCCGUCGCCCGCUUUUCCCCUACCCGUCGCCACGAUUUCGACCCCCCCCGACGCCCGCCCUUCGCCCGCAUUUCCCCUUCCCUUCGCCCGCUAUUCCCCUUCUCGUCGCCCGCUCCCGUCGCCCCUUUUUCCCCUUCCCGUCGCCCGCUUUUCCCCUUCCCGUCGCCCGCUUUAGCCCUUCCCGUCUCCCGCUAUUCCCCUUCCCGUCGCCCCCUUGCCGUCGCCUGCUUUUCCCCUUCCCUUCGCCCACUUCACUCCUUCCCGUCACCUUCCUUUCCCCUUCCUGGCUCCUCACCGUCCCCCCCCCAGCUCUCUACCCGGCAUCUCCCCCGCUCCCCACGUCCUCUUCCCUGCCUCCCCCCAUUCCCUUCCCUGCUUCCCCCCGUCCCCUUCCCUCCUUCCCCCCAUUCCCUUCCCUGCUUGCCCCCGUCCCCUUCCCUCCUUCCCCCCGUCCCCUUCCCAUCAUCCCCCCAUCCUCUUCCCUGCUUCCCCCCGUCCCCUUCCCUGCUUCCCCCCAUCCCCUUCCCUGCUUUCCCCCGUUCCCUUCCCUCCUUCCCCCCGUACCCUUCCCUCCUUCCCCCCGUCCCCUUUCUAUCAUCCCCCCAUCCCCUUCCCUGCUUCCCCCCAUUCCCUUCCCUGCUUCCCCCCGUCCCCUUCCCUCCUUCCCCCCGUCCCCUUCCCAUCAUCCCCCCGUCCCCUUCCCUGCUUCCCCCCAUCCCCUUCCCUGCUUCCCCCCAUUCCCUUCCCUCCUUCCCCCCGUACCCUUCCCUCCUUCCCCCCGUCCCCUUCCUAUCAUCCCCCCAUCCCCUUCCCUGCUUCCCCCCAUCCCCUUCCCUGCUUCCCCCCGUCCCCUUCCUUGCUUCCCCCCAUCCCCUUCCCUGCUUUCCCCCAUUCCCUUCCCUGCUUCCCCCCGCCCCCUUCCCUCCUUCCCCCCGUCCCCUUCCCAUCAUCCCCCCAUCCCCUUCCCUGCUUCCCCCCAUCCCCUUCCCUGCUUCCCCCCAUUCCCUUCCCUCCUUCCCCCCGUACCCUUCCCUCCUUCCCCCCGUCCCCUUCCUAUCAUCCCCCCAUCCCCUUCCCUGCCUCCCCCCAUCCCCUUACCUGCUUCCCCCCGUCCCCUUCCUUGCUUCCCCCCAUCCCCUUCCCUGCUUUCCCCCAUUCCCUUCCCUGCUUCCCCCCGCCCCCUUCCCUCCUUCCCCCCGUCCCCUUCCCAUCAUCCCCCCAUCCCCUUCCCUGCUUCCCCCCAUCCCCUUCCCUGCUUCCCCCCAUUCCUUUCCCUGCUUCCCCCCGUCCCCUUCCCUCCUUCCCCCCGUCCCCUUCCCAUCAUCCCCCCGUCCCCUUCCCUGCUUUCCCCCAUCCCCUUCCUGCCUCCCCCCAUCCCCUUUCCUGCUUUCCCCCAUCCCCUUCGCUGCUUCCCCCCAUGCCCUUCCCUGCUUCCCCCCGUCCCCUUGCUACGCUGUUUCGCCCUUCUCGCACUCUUCCCCCUCCUCUUUUCCCCCCUGCUCAAUCUGUCACCCGCUGCUUCUUCUCUUCCCUCCCGCACAUUCCGUUUACUGUCUUUCCCCUUCGCUCACCUUCAUAUCCCCCAAUGCAGUUACAGGAGCGCAGCACCAGGUGUUGUGA